AUGAUGACUGGAUCAGGUAUUAUUGUCGCUGUCCGGCUCAAUGACGACUCCUUGCGUUACCUGGCGGACGAAGGUGCUGGAGGUUUCAUGAUUAAGCUUGCGAAAAAGGCAGAUGAAGGAGUGGUUUCUCGGGCGGCACUCGCGCAGGCUUGCUUGGUGCCUCUUCAGCAAGAAGAAGAAAAACAGUAUAUCGACGGAUGGAUUGAAAACCUUGUAGAUACGGUGUCUGGCAACGUCCCCGUCGCUCAAGAAUUCAGCAGUGCCUCCUUGUGUUUAAUGAGCGCCGACACUUCACGGCAGUCCCGUCUUUUCCAGAAGACAGGCACUGGUCCUGUUCUCCACAUCUUCAACCCUCAUACGGCACCAGAGGCCCUUCUGUGGGAAGCAGCCACCGUCGCCAAUCUCGCGAAGAACCCAACCAACUUUCCAGAGUUCCUCCGAGAGGAGACUCUGGACACUUUACACGAAAUGUCGAACUCGGUUUGGAAUGAAGUCAGGCUCAAUGCGGCGUGGACGUUCGUGUUCCUCUCGCUUCAUAAGGCUUUCCAUAAACAGGCCAUCGGCCGUUGGGCCGCUUGGGUCCGUGACGUCUUGACAAUCGGAGUCUGCUCGGAGGACGGAAUCACUAAUAGUAUUAUCGAACUCUUCUUUGCAAACAUCACUGGGAAGGAGACGACACGAUGCUAUGAGGCGCCCGCAGUUCGCCGGUACCUUGACAGCUUGCAUCAGACAGACAAUACUGUCCGCGAGCAGGCUCAAGCGUUUGUGACGAGUCUGGCCAGCGUCUACCCAAAGGAGAUGAUUGACUCCUUGCUGGUGCUUUGCUCAGUAUCGCACGAUGGUGACGUUGCCCGAGAUGCCUUGGCAACGCUGGCAACACUUCUGUCUGAUCCGGAUACAGCUGAAGCAGCGAUCGCCUGCGAUGCGUAUCUACCUUUCUUAUGUCUCGCCGGUCGGCCGGACGAGAGUAUUCAGCUUCUUUGUGCACGCCUCCUCGUGAAACUGAUUUCAACUAAAGAUGUUUUUCUCAAAUAUGAAGAUCUCGAGCCCGCCUCAGUUCUACUCUACUUGUGUGACUCCAAGAGCCAUGCCGUCCAAGAAUGCGCAUUCAAUGGGAUCUGGGUUGCUAUGGAAAUGGCUCGCCGUAAUCCGGAAAACCUUGCUAUACCUGUGUUGCGUUCUUGCCGCGAGGACGUACCUGGAGAUAGCGUUCAUCAUUCUUACCGGUCCUCAGUAGCACAAGCAGACGCGGCAUUUGCCAAGCACCGGGCAGCUGAUGCAGCAACGAAGGAAUACUUCGGCCUGGAAUGCCUUUGUGCCCUCCUUGUGGAUGCGUCAGCGCCCGUUCAGGGGCGGCUCGCGUAUAAAAUCGAAUCUUUUACAGCAGACACCACCAACUUGAGUCGCAUGAACGAUCUCUGCACCCGCGCGCUUGCUUACAGUUUAGUAGCGCUUGGACAGUCUGUUGUUGAUUCGGUAAAAUCCAGGGUCGUGACGGCUUUCAUGCAGCUCGUGUCCCUCGAUCGCCAGUCGCGAGCAGCAGCGUUUCAAGAGUCUCUCGCUGGAAGAGGUACUUCGGAUCAGCCGCUGGUGUCUGCCUUAACCAGUCGCGAGCCGACUGCGAGAAAAACGGUCCAGCCCGAAUAUCGCUUCACCCAGGCUCGUCUCGCUCUUGACCAUUUUCUGGCAGAUAAUUAUACGCAGUGCCUAUGUGGAAUCCUCCUAGACGCAUCUGCAAGUCCGCUUCUGAAACAGCAGUGCUUGUCCGCGAUUCGCCAGAGUCUGAGUGACCCUUUGGUUUGCCAGUACCUAGGGAAAACAGACUUCAUGUCGCGUCUCUUCUCGGAAGAGAUCGCGACAUCGGCCGGAGACCCGACGGACUUUUACUUCAUGUACUGCCAUAUUCUUAGCCAUCCAGUCACGCUGGGGCAUAUCUCCAACUACAUGGGAAUCCUGGAAAACAUUCUCAGAGACGUAAAGGCCUACCCUUCGCUAGCGCUUCCCCUUGCAAAGCUCCUGGAUGCGGCGUGCUUUCUUCCUCACAUUCAAGGGUACGUUUCGGAAGAACACUUCUAA